GACUGAAAAACUAUUUGACUAUAUAGGUUUUGACACAAUAAUAUUUAACUAAACACGAUUAAAACCUACGAAAAACGAAAUCACAGGAAGGGAUUGCAAGGAGAAUGUGUCUCAUUCCUGGAAUGGUGUGGGCGGUGUAACAGUGCAGGGCAGUCUGCACUCAGAAUUGCACGCGAGUGGACAUUACCAGGCUGACUUCCUUCUUUCCACGGGAUUGUAUGUUGACAGGCCUCAAAACCACAUUGUGAAGCCACGGGCUAUCGUGAUGUCGGAGCCCAAGGCGCCCACUCCGACACCAGGAGACACUUACAAAGGCUGGCUUUUCAAAUGGACGAAUUACAUCAAGGGUUACCAGCGACGAUGGUUCGUUCUGAGCAAUGGUUUGCUGUCAUAUUACAGGACCCAAGCGGAAAUGGGCCACACAUGCCGUGGUACCAUAAACCUAGCCACGGCCAACAUUGUUGUAGAAGACUCCUGCAACUUUGUCAUCUCCAAUGGUGGGGCACAGACCUACCACCUGAAGGCCAGCUCUGAGGUAGAGCGCCAGCGAUGGAUCACCGCACUUGAACUGGCCAAGGCCAAGGCUGUCCGGAUGCAAGCAGAGUCAGAUGACUCUGGCGAUGAGUGCUCCAUGACUCCUCCCCCCGCCGGUCAGAGCGGGUCGUCACGGAACUCUGAGGUUCAGUCCACGUUGCGUACACUCGGCAGCAAGGUGGAGGACCUCAGCACCUGCAAUGACCUCAUUGCCAAACAUGGCUCGGCUCUGCAAAGGUCCCUGUCAGAGUUGGAGGGAGUGAAGCUAGGUGGAGAGACAGGUGAUAAGAUCCGGCAGGUGACUGAGAGGGCCACUCUCUUUCGCAUCACUUCCAAUGCCAUGAUCAAUGCCUGUCGGGACUUCCUGGCUCUGGCUCAGGCCCACAGCAAGCGCUGGCAGAAGGCCCUGCAGGCUGAGAGGGAGCAGCGUGUGCGUCUGGAGGAGACGCUGGAGCAGCUUGCCAAGCAGCACAACCACCUAGAGAGGGCCUUCAGGGGCGCCACCGUGCUGCCGCCCUCACAGAGCAACCCCGACGCAGAUGGCAAAGGACCUAGCUCAGGGAAGGGAGAUGCCAGUGACGAGGAUGAUGAGAACGAGUUCUUCGACGCCAUGGAGGACCCUCAGGAGUUCAUCACCGUCCCUGCCGACCCCAAAUACCACAGGAGAUCGGGCAGCAAUGUCAGCGGCAUCAGCAGUGAGCUUGGAAUGGAUGACCAGUCGAUAGAUGAACAGUCGUUGGCGUCCAAUCCGGAUUCCCCUCAGUCACAGGAGCUGGAGCCCGUGAAGAAGAGGCGGACACGCAUACCUGACAAGCCCAACUACUCUCUCAACCUGUGGAGCAUCAUGAAGAACUGCAUCGGCAAAGAGCUCUCCAAGAUCCCCAUGCCUGUGAACUUCAACGAGCCCAUCUCCAUGCUGCAGCGGCUGUCUGAGGACCUUGAGUACUCGGAGCUGCUGGACAAGGCAGCUAAGUGCCAGAGCUCUCUGGAGCAGCUCUGUUACGUGGCAGCCUUCACCGUCUCCUCCUACUCCACCACUGUGCACCGCACGGGCAAGCCCUUCAAUCCUCUGCUGGGGGAGACCUUUGAGCUAGACCGCCGCCAUGAAAGUGGCUACCGCUCGCUUUGUGAACAGGUGAGCCACCACCCUCCAGCAGCGGCCCAUCAUGCCAUCUCAGACCGAGGCUGGACCCUUAGACAAGAGAUCACACUUGCCAGCAAAUUUAGGGGCAAAUACCUCUCCAUCAUGCCUCUGGGCUCCAUUCACUGUAUUUUUGAGAAGAGUGAAAAUCAUUACACCUGGAAGAAAGUCACCACCACUGUGCAUAACAUCAUAGUUGGCAAGCUGUGGAUAGACCAGUCAGGUGAAAUAGAUAUUAUUAAUCACAAGACUGGAGACCGCUGUCACCUUAAGUUUGCUCCAUACAGCUACUUCUCCAGAGAUGUGGCCAGAAAGGUAACGGGUGUGGUAACAGAUAAGGAGGGCAAGGCACACUAUGUCCUCUCGGGCACAUGGGAUGAAAAGAUGGAGUUCUCCCGUGUCAUGCAGAGCAGCAGGGGAGGCGAGAACGGCACAGAGGGCCGCCAGAAGACCGUCUACCAAACACUGAAGGCCCGCGAGAUCUGGAGAAAGACCCCACUGCCGGAGGGGGCCGAGAACAUGUACUACUUCUCCACACUGGCACUGACGCUGAACGAGUUGGAGGACGGAGUGGCCCCAACGGACAGCCGGCGGCGGCCGGACCAGCGGAUGAUGGAGCAGGGCCGCUGGGAGGAGGCCAACGCCGAGAAGCAGCGGCUGGAGGAGAAGCAGCGCACCGUCCGCCGCGAGAGGGAGAGAGAGGCGGCCCGCACAGCCAGCCCAGCUGAGGAGGGUGUCCACCAAGACAACUACGAGGCUCUAUGGUUUGAUCACUUUGACGACCCGUUUACUGGGGAGCAAACGCACCUCUAUAAGGGCUACUGGGAAGCCAAAGAGCAGGGCAGCUGGGAGAAUUGCCCAGACAUCUUCUAAGCACAUCGGAGAAGUUGGGAUACCCUGAUGUCCGGCACCGCCGCAGAGGACCACCUGGACCACCAGAGGACGACCUGGAAGUUUCACUGCAAAACUAUCUACAACCCUGACAGCAUCGCACCAUUUCCCUGAAGUCUCACUGGGUUGCUCUGUUCCCUUUUGAGGGGGAGGGGCUGCGAAUAUAUAAACAGUGAAUUGUUCAUGCAGCAAGACUGGAGCCUCUUGCUGUGCCUUCAUUACCUUUUAUAUGAGGCAGAAGAAAAGAAAAAAUACUCAUGAGUAACAAACCUGACUACUUCAUCGUCUCACCAAGACCACCACCACAUCCUCCCCUUUGUUCGCACAUUUUCCUCUAUUCUCUCUCUCUCUCUCUCUCUCUCUCUCUCUCUCUCUCUCUCUCUCUCUCUUUCUGCAUCUCUGAUUUAGAAUGGAAGGGGUCAUGCUCCUGUAGAUGGACCUCUUAGAUACUAGAGAUUAUAACACUGUUUUUUUGCAAAUUGCAUCACUUUAAUGUACAGUAUGAGUGAGUCUGGGAGUCUGCAGCCCACCACACUUCUGACUGAAACUCAACAGCUCACUCCCUGCUCUCCUCUUUCAUUGGGUAUGGACUUUUCCCUGAGAAGAGGAAGGGGGUGCUGCAUAUGAAGGGAUUAAAGAUGUGCUGUAUGUAUGUGUGUGUGUGUGUGUGUGUGUUUCUCAGAACAUCUCGUCAGUUUAACUGUCUUUCUGUCUCCUGCCUAUGUUUGCACACACACCUUAUGUUUGGUGCGAGAAUGAGACCUCCACACUUGCUGUCUGCCACCUUCAUUUGGUUUGCCCAUCACAUGCCCUAUAGGGGAAAAACCAACAUGCAAGCCAAAUCCAAAUAUUUUAUUUUCACCCCCAGGUGUGCUUCUACACAAGCCCGGUCAUUUUUAUAUUGGGUCUUCCUUGUCACCCAAUGGGAAAGACUAAAUCUCCCUGGGCAGACACUCCAGUAGAUAUGUGAACUGCCAAGGCCCUGCCUGAUGUGGGUGCCAACAAAGGUCUGUAUGCAGGCACGAAGAGAGACCGCCAGACACAAUGCAAAGAUAUAGCUCCCUUUUUUCUGGUGUUUGCUUUUCAUUGUGUCAUUGCUGAAGUGUCUUUGAUUCUUAAGUGUGAUAGCGUUUGGAGCUGUGAACACCUAAUGUAGCUUGUGCAGCUUGGAGAGGAAUCAGAAAGAGACGAUGACAUGUUUAUGGUCAACUGAAGUUGUAACAGUGCGCAGAGGGCCAUGGCAGUGUGAUGUGUGCCUUGACAACAUGUUGCAGAGGAGCUCGUCCAUGUGAGCAGUGACGCGAUGUGGAGUGGUGUUGGGCUGCAGUCACAUGUAUCUAGUGUGUAGUCUUAUUUGUACCAUACCCAGGUGUAGGUGUGUUGGUUUGUGUGAUUUCUGCCGAGUGUUGACAACUGUAAAACAAAUUUGUGUGUGUGUGUGUGUGUGAGAUGUGUGCAGUGUUUCUUGUACGUUCUGAGAAAAAAAUCACAUUAUUUUCAAGUGUACU